AGGGACGUUAUGUAAGUUGAGCCACGCUACGCUAAAAGUUCCAUACUCAGUUCUAGCGUCUCGGCUCUGGACUACCAAGUUCCGGAGCAAGCGCAAAGACCACCUCUUUACGAUCCCGUAGGCCACGCUCCGUGGGCGGGGCUCCGGUGAGGAUACUGCAUCCCAUGGUGCCUUGCGCGCCAGCGCAACCAUUGGUCCGGCUACUGGGUCCCUUUUUCAAAUUGAGGCGCCCAGUCGUUGCUCGGUUUCUGGGGAUUCGGGCGGAGACGAGAUUAGUGAUUUGGCGGCUCCGGCUGGCGCGGGACAAACGCCACGGCCAGAGUACCGGGUAGAGAGCGGGGACGCCGAACUGCGUGCGUCGGUCCUCCAGGCCACGCCAGCGCCCAAGAGGGACCAGGAAGACUCCGGCCCCUGUCGGCCGCCAAGCCCCUCCGCUCCUCACAGCGCACCGGUCCGCGGCCGGGCCUUGAUUUUUUGGCGGGGACCGUCAUGGCGUCGCAGCCAAAUUCGUCUGCGAAGAAGAAAGAGGAGAAGGGGAAGAACAUCCAGGUGGUGGUGAGAUGCAGACCAUUUAAUUUGGCAGAGCGGAAAGCUAGCGCCCAUUCAAUAGUAGAAUGUGAUCCUGUACGAAAAGAAGUUAGUGUACGAACUGGAGGAUUGGCUGACAAGAGCUCAAGGAAAACAUACACUUUUGAUAUGGUGUUUGGAGCAUCUACUAAACAGAUUGAUGUUUACCGAAGUGUUGUUUGUCCAAUUCUGGAUGAAGUUAUUAUGGGCUAUAAUUGCACUAUCUUUGCGUAUGGCCAAACUGGCACUGGAAAAACUUUUACAAUGGAAGGUGAAAGGUCACCUAAUGAAGAGUACACCUGGGAAGAGGAUCCCUUGGCUGGUAUAAUUCCACGUACCCUUCAUCAAAUUUUUGAGAAACUUACUGAUAAUGGUACUGAAUUUUCAGUCAAAGUGUCUCUGUUGGAGAUCUAUAAUGAAGAGCUUUUUGAUCUUCUUAAUCCAUCGUCUGAUGUUUCUGAGAGACUACAGAUGUUUGAUGAUCCCCGUAACAAGAGAGGAGUGAUAAUUAAAGGUUUAGAAGAAAUUACAGUACACAACAAGGAUGAAGUCUAUCAGAUUUUAGAAAAGGGGGCAGCAAAAAGGACAACUGCAGCUACUCUGAUGAAUGCAUACUCUAGUCGUUCCCACUCAGUUUUCUCUGUUACAAUACAUAUGAAAGAAACUACGAUUGAUGGAGAAGAGCUUGUUAAAAUUGGAAAGUUGAACUUGGUUGAUCUUGCAGGAAGUGAAAACAUUGGCCGUUCUGGAGCUGUUGAUAAGAGAGCUCGGGAAGCUGGAAAUAUAAAUCAAUCCCUAUUGACUUUAGGAAGGGUCAUUACCGCCCUUGUAGAAAGAACACCUCAUGUUCCUUAUCGAGAAUCUAAACUAACUAGAAUCCUCCAGGAUUCUCUUGGAGGGCGUACAAGAACAUCUAUAAUUGCAACAAUUUCUCCUGCAUCUCUCAAUCUUGAGGAAACUCUGAGUACAUUGGAAUAUGCUCAUAGAGCAAAGAACAUAUUGAAUAAGCCUGAAGUGAAUCAGAAACUCACCAAAAAAGCUCUUAUUAAGGAGUAUACGGAGGAGAUAGAGCGUUUAAAACGAGAUCUUGCUGCAGCCCGUGAGAAAAAUGGAGUGUACAUUUCUGAAGAAAAUUUUAGAGUCAUGAGUGGAAAAUUAACUGUUCAAGAAGAGCAGAUUGUAGAAUUGAUUGAAAAAAUUUGUGCUGUUGAGGAGGAGCUGAAUAGGGUUACAGAGUUGUUUAUGGAUAAUAAAAAUGAACUUGACCAGUGUAAAUCCGACCUGCAAAAUAAAACACAAGAACUUGAAACCACUCAAAAACAUUUGCAAGAAACUAAAUUACAACUUGUUAAAGAAGAAUAUAUCACAUCAGCUUUGGAAAGUACUGAGGAGAAACUUCAUGAUGCUGCCAGCAAGCUGCUUAACACAGUUGAAGAAACUACAAAAGAUGUAUCUGGUCUCCAUUCCAAACUGGAUCGUAAGAAGGCAGUUGACCAACACAAUGCAGAAGCUCAGGAUAUUUUUGGCAAAAACCUGAAUAGUCUGUUUAAUAAUAUGGAAGAAUUAAUUAAGGAUGGCAGCUCAAAGCAAAAGGCCAUGCUAGAAAUACAUAAGACCUUAUUUGGUAAUCUGCUGUCUUCCAGUGUCUCUGCAUUAGAUACCAUUACUACAGUAGCACUUGGAUCUCUCACAUCUAUUCCAGAAAAUGUGUCUACUCAUGUUUCUCAGAUUUUUAAUAUGAUACUAAAAGAACAAUCAUUAGCAGCAGAAAGUAAAACUGUACUACAGAAAUUGAUUAAUGUACUCAAGACUGAUCUUCUAAGUUCACUGGAAACGAUUUUAUCCCCAACUGUGGUGUCUAUACUGAAAAUCAAUAGUCAACUAAAGCAUAUUUUCAAGACUUCAUUGACAGUGGCUGAUAAGAUAGAAGAUCAAAAAAAGGAACUAGAUGGCUUUCUCAGUAUACUGUGUAACAAUCUACAUGAACUACAAGAAAAUACCAUUUCUUCCUUGGUUGAGUCACAAAAGCAAUGUGGAAACCUAACUGAAGACCUGAAGACAAUAAAGCAGACCCAUUCCCAGGAACUUUGCCAGUUAAUCAAUCUUUGGACAGAGAGAUUCUGUGCUUUGGAGGAAAAGUGUGAAAAUAUACAGAAACCACUUAGUAGUGUCCAGGAAAAUAUACAGCAGAAAUCUAAGGAUAUAGUCAACAAAAUGACUUUCCACAGUCAAAAAUUUUGUGCUGAUUCUGAUGGCUUGUCACAGGAACUCAGAAAUUUUAACCAAGAAGGUACAAAAUUGGUUGAAGAGUCUGUGAAACACUCUGAUAAACUCAAUGGCAACCUGGAAAAAAUAUCUCAAGAGACUGAACAGAGAUGUGAGUCUCUGAACACAAGAACAGUUUAUUUUUCUGAACAGUGGGUAUCUUCCUUAAAUGAAAGGGAACAGGAACUUCAGAACUUAUUGGAGGUUGUAAACCAAUGUUGUGAGGCUUCAAGUUCAGACAUCACUGAGAAAUCAAAUGGACAUAAGGCAGCUCAUGAGAAACAGCGUAACAUUUUUCUUGAUCAGAUGACUAUUGAUGAAGAUAAAUUGAUAGCACAAAAUCUAGAACUUAAUGAAACCAUAAAAAUUGGUUUGACUAAGCUUAAUUGCUUUCUGGAACAGGAUCUGAAACUGGAUAUCCCAACAGGUACGACACCACAGAGGAAAAAUUAUUUAUAUCCAUCAACACUGGUAAGAACUGAACCACGUGAACAUCUCCUUGAUCAGUUGAAAAGGAAACAGCCUGAGCUGUUCAUGAUGCUAAACUGUUCAGAAAACAACGAAGAAGAGACAAUUCUGGAUGUAGAUGUAGAAGAGGCAGUUCUGGGGCAGUAUACUGAAGAACCUCUAAGUCAAGAGCCAUCUGUAGAUGCUGGUGUGGAUUGUUCAUCAAUUGGUGGGGUUCCAUUUUUCCAGCAUAAAAAAUCACAUGGAAAAGACAAAGAAAACAGAGGCAUUAACACACUGGAGAGGUCUAAAGUGGAAGAAACUACAGAGCACUUGGUUACAAAGAGCAGAUUACCUCUGCGAGCCCAGAUCAACCUUUAAUUCGCUUGGGGGUUGGCAAUUUUAUUUUAAAAGAAAACUUAAAAAUAAAACCUGAAACCCCAGAACUUGAGCCUUGUGUAUAGAUUUUAAAAGAAUAUAUAUAUCAGCCGGGCGCGGUGGCUCAUGCCUGUAAUCCCAGCACUUUGGGAGGCUGAGGCGGGUGGAUUGCUUGAGCCCAGGAGUUUGAGACCAGCCUGGCCAACUUGGCAAAACCUCGUCUCUGUUAAAAAUUAGCCGGGCGUGGUGGCACACUCCUGUAAUCCCAGCUACUGGGGAGGCUGAGGCACGAGAAUCACUUGAACCCAGGAAGCAGGGGUUGCAGUGAGCCGAGAUUACACCACUACACUCCAGCCUGGGCAACAGAGCAAGACUCGGUCUCAAAAACAAAAUUUAAAAAUGAUAUCAGGCAGUACUGUAAAUUUAGUUGAAUUUUGAUAUCUACCCAUUUUUCUGUCAUCCCUAUAGUUCACUUUGUAUUAAAUUGGGUUUCAUUUGGGAUUUGCAAUGUAAAUACAUAUUUCUAGUUUUCAUAUAAAGUAGUUCUUUUAUAACAAAUGAAUGAAAAGUAUUUUUCUUGUAUAUUAUUAAGUAAUGAAUAUAUAAGAACUGUACUCUUCUCGGCUUGAGCUUACAUAGGUAAAUAUCACCAACACCUGGCCUUAGAAAGGACCAUCUCAUGUUUUUUUUCUUGCUAUGACUUGUGUAUUUUCUUGCCUCCUCCCUAGACUUCCCUAUUUCGCUUUCUCCUCGGCUCACUGUUUCCCUUUUUAUUUUUCACCAAACCAUUUGUAGAGCUACAAAAGGUAUCCUUUCUUAUUUUCGGUAGCCAGAAUUUUAUCUAGAAAUCUUUUAACACCUCUUUAGUGGUUAUUUCUAAAAUCACUGUCAACAAUAAAUCUAACCCUAGUUGUAUCCCUCCUUUCAAUAUUUUUCACUUGUUGCCCCAGAUGUGAAAGCAUUUCAUUCCUUUAAGAGGCCUAACUCAUUCACCCUGACAGAGUUCACAAAAAGCCCACUUCUUUGGAGUAUACAUUGCUAUUAUGGGAGACCACCCAGACAUCUGACUAAUGGCUCUGUGCCCACACUCCAAGACCUGUGUCUUUUGGAGAAGCUCACAAUGAUUUAAGGACUUUUUGAAACUUCCAAUUAUGUCUAUAAUUUAUAUUCUUUUGUUUACAUGAUGAAACUUUUUGUUGUUGCUUGUUUGUAUAUAAUAAAAUAUGUAUAUGUAUCUUUUUCUCGAUUCAAAUCUUAACCCUUAGAAGGACGCUGGUAUUUUUGAUCGGGCAACCAUAUUUCUGGAAGUUGAGAUGUUUCAGCUUGAAGAACCAAAACACUUAGAAGGAAUAUGUACAAAGAAUAAAUUUUCUGCCCAUGAUGAGUUUAGUGUGUAAAGUUUAGAGACAUUUGACUUUGAUAGCUAAAUUAAACCAAACCCUAUUGAAGAAUUGAAUAUAUGCUACUUCAAGAAACUAAAUUGAUCUUGUAGAAUUAUCUUAAUAAAAUAAUGGCUAUAAUUUCUCUGCAAAAUCAGAUGUCAGCAUAAGCUAUGGAUAAUAUCUAAUAAACUGCCCUCAGUAAAUCCAUGGUUAAUAAAUGUGGUUUCUACCUUAA